UCUGCUAAUAUCUCCCAAAAGCAACGAAUAUUCAAUUAUUAUUUUUUACAAAUUCAAAGAGAACUCCAUUCUCUUUCAUACCACCAAGUUCAAAGUUUAAAUUGCAGGUUAGUCAUCCUUUUUGUUCAUCUAUGUAGGUCAUGAUUUCGAGUUGUUGAAGCAGCCACUAAUAUUUACAUUAUGGCUUCUGUGCUUUAUCACGAGGUUUUCUUCCGAUCCCGAGGGGAGUUGAUCCAGUGUGAGGCCAAAAUCCGAGGACUCACUGAGGAGAAAGAUGCAUUCAAGCUUCUUAGUGAGCAGAGAGAAUGGGAAGCAAAAGGACUUCGGGCUGAGCUAGAAGCAACUCAGAAAGAACAAACUAAUAUGGCCGAGCAGGUUCAGCGAAAGCUCGAUGUGAUCGGGCAACUUCAUGAGGAAGUGGACGCAGUGAAAGCGGAGGCCGAGGCGUGUAAGAAGAACAUGGACCGCCUUGCCUCAGAAAAGGAGGCUGCCCGAGCUCAACUGGCCUCGGUUGAGACCCAACUCCGAAGCUUGAAAGAGAAGGCCAUGGUGCAAACUAAGAAAAUUGAGGAGUUCUAGUCUCGGUUGGGUUCAGCAACUUCCGAUCGAGAGAGGCUGGCCACAGAACUUGCAGCGGUCAAAUCGGAGGUCAAAAUGGCCAAGGCUAAUGUUGAUGCAAUGGUGGCCGUCUACCGAUCCGAUGCUGAAGCUGCUCAGGUUCGAGCAAAGGAGGUUGCCGAAGCUGCUCAAGCUCGAGCAAAAUGGGUUGCCGAGCAUGCUAAAUGCCAGUCUCGAAGGGAGACUCUCGAGGAGAUCCAUGCUCGUGACUUCGAUCUUACAGACGAGAUCGAGAAUGCUAAGGAGUUUGAAGCUGAAGGCACGGUGUUGGCCUUUCCUGAUGAUGAUGAUUCUGGGAGUAUGAGCGGAUCUGAAAGCGGAGAAGGCCUCGAGAGCGAAUAUGCUUCUCCCGGAGAAGACUAAGUCCUUUAGGAUUGGUAUUUUUUGUGUUUAUUUUAAGACCGUUUCGGUCUUUUGUAGAGAAAUUUGAUUUGGCCAUGCUG